AUGGCCACUCUCCCGGAAUGGAGUCGGAGGGUAUUCCGGCUGAGAGGCCUGCCGAACCGUGUUGGUGAUCGAUCAGAUGUGUCCCAGCUGCUCAGCCAGGUCUGGAAUAUCCCCGAGGAACGUGUUGAAGUUUGCUCGCUGGCCAAGACCUGCAACAAGUGGGAAUCCCUGCCAUCUAAAGUCGCGACCAUCCGUCUCGAAAUCAUACCAGACUGCCUAGGCGCUACAUCCGACCUUGACGAGUGGGAGUUUCCUCUUGCAGAGGAGCCGGAUCAGCGACUGAUUCUCGACACGCAUUUUCAAGGCCUGACAGCUCUCAAUGAUGUGAAACCAGAGGACCAUCACACCGACUGUAUUGCUAUAUCUGGUUUAGCAAGCUAUCCUUUUGGAUCGUGGCAACUACAUGGAGAUGAUAAAAGCUUUAUGUGGAUUAGGGAUGAGCUCCCUAGAUCAGUACCAGGAAUACGAACGAUAACAUAUGGCUAUAAGUCCGAGCUUCUAGACAGCGAGUCAUUCCAGACCAUAAGCGAUAUUGCACUUGGCCUUAUUCAUCAACUAAAAACCGGGGGAUGGAACCUCAACUCCUCGAAACCGAUCGUGUUUCUCGCUCAUAGUCUAGGCGGACUAGUGUUGAAAGAUGCUAUCGUCCAAAUUGCUAGAGUGGAGAGUGUUAAGAGUAUCCUGAAUAAGUUUAAAGGCGCUAUUAUGUUUGGUGUUCCUAGUCUUGGGAUGCAUCAAUCCCAUUUAAUGACAAUGACCAAAGGACAAGCUAAUGAACUUUUGAGCCACGAUCUCUCCCAAGGAAAUGGUAAUGCAUACCUCAGACAAUUGAAGGAGAGCUUUGAGGGACUCGGGUUUCUUCAGAACGCCCGGAUAUACUGGGCUUAUGAAACCAAAGAGACAAGAACCGUCCAAUGGGAAGAUAACAAAUGGACCAAAAAUGGGCGUCUAGAAGUUCUAGUGAACCCAUAUUCUGCAACAUGCGGUCGAAAUAUCGGGGCCACAAAAGUCACGACGAUUCCCAUCAAUGAAAAUCAUUCCAAUAUCGUUAAGUUCUCCAGGGGACAUAAGAACUUGUCCACCAUCAUACAGACUAUUUCUGAGUUGUGUUCACAUGAACCAAACAACAUUGCUGCGUCCUUAGUUCAUACUAUUGAGACACCAAGGAAUAGGCCUAAUAAUCCGAAAUCGUAUCUCGAGCUCCCUACCUUAUCUGAGGAGGACUGUAUCACCCUCAAGGAUCUUGAACUCCUACUUUCGUCUAUUGAAGAAUUGCACGACCUCUCUCUAGACGAACUAGAUUUCCGCGCUGAGCAAAUUGAGGAUCCUUUUCAAAAUACCUUCAAAUGGGUUUUCGACACCACUUCUUUCUCAAAUUGGCUACAGGAAGGAACGGGCCUUUUCUGGGUGAAUGGGAAACCUGGCUCCGGAAAAUCUACACUGAUGAAAUAUAUAUUGAAGAGCCCAUACACCUGGGAUCUUUUACAUGACUGGAGGCGAAGUUCAUCAAACAUCGAGGAGAUUAUUGCCAGUUUCUUUUUCCAUUACCGAGGCACAGCUCUCCAGAAAUCCUUCGAGGGACUUUUACGGAGCCUAGUUGUUCAACUGAUAUCAUCUCAGUAUACUAUAUUCCAGGAUGGCUGGCGUAAAUUCCGUCAACUGAAAAUGCAGACAUCGCAGUUGAUAUGCGAGCGCAAAGAUGUUCUGCGUGAAAACAUUAAUGGGAGGCAUAGCCGUGAGAGCCCUGAAGAGGCGCUUCAUCGGAUAGAUCGAAGCCUUCAAGAGGUUGGGACCGGAUUGAAAGAUGUGGCUAGAAAGGAGAGCUACUACAUCAGCUUGAGACAACUUUGCAUCAGAUCCUCAACCAAGAUGCCAUCAGGAUGGACAUCGUCUUGUUUUUUCGACGCCCUCGAUGAAUUUGACGGUCACCUUGAUAUGAUAAGCAAGUUCCUGAAAGGACUUGUAGAAGACCCAAAAUUGAAUCGGGUUAAGGUGUGUUUCUCAAGCAGACCUUGGGAAUCGCUCGAGGCACAUUUCUCGAAGGAGCUAGGCUUCAGAUUGCAAGACUACACGACCCACGACAUUGCAAGUUAUGCCGCUGGAAGUUUAGUCGGCCUAAGCCUAGAUAAUGCGUCUGUUUCUCAACUUGUCAAUGGGAUAAUUUCAAGGGCCAAUGGUGUAUUCUUAUGGGUCCGACUUGCAGUCAAGGAGAUGGUCGAUGCCAACUCCCACACUAAUGCGCAUGUUUCCUCACACCAAAUGGAAGAUACGCUAAAGAGGCUCCCUGGAAAUCUUUACGAGUUUUAUAAGCUCAUUGUUGAGCGCAUUGCUCAUACUAUUCGUCCAAAUACAUAUGCACUCCUGGAACUCUUGAUACGCCGUCGUGACCUGAGCGUCUCGGUCGAUUAUGCAUGGAGCGCCGUCACUAUUGCGUAUUGUUGCACCCAUCAAGAAAGUAGAGCUAAGUGGGAGAAAGGUUUCUUCAUUUCCGGGCGAAACCCGAAUCAGGCACAAGUGCGAGAACGGCAGCAGAGUGAUAUCACGAUUUGGGGCGGGGGCCUCGUUGAAAUUAAUGACGAUACUGUGCAGGUAAUGCACCAGACGGUCCUAGAAUUUAUCAUGGGGUUCUCUUUCAAGAGAGAUGUCCUCGGGCAGCUUUCCAACAUUGUGGUGGAGAACGGCCAUUCUUUUCAUGUCAAGUAUUUGUGCUCGAUAGCCUCGCUUGGCAUUACAGGCUCGCGUGGGUAUAGAACAGCGACAGGGGCAGAACUGCGGUACCACGGGGAACAGUUUGAACUAACCACGGGCAACAGCCAGCUGGCAUAUAUCGGAAGCCUACCGUGGAGAAUCGUCAGAGACCUGGUCGGCGAGUCAUCGUAUGCUCUGAAAAGCACCGGUGAAUUAUUCUUGAAAUUUGUCGUCUCACAUGGCUUGCUUCUUUGUCUCAAAGAAUGGGUAACCAAUAAUCCCAACCAAGUUAGACACUUUAGUCCACUGGCAACUACCUUUCCAUUGCUUAGCGAUCUAUUUUUUCUGGGCAGCUACGGAGUAUUUCCUGGCAGAUAUAUCAAUAUGAUGUGUCUACUGCUUGAGAAUGGCUUUAGUACUCGACAAGACCCUUACAUCUUUGCCACGAUAAUAGAACGAAUAUGGAAAUUGGAGGCGAAUUAUGAGACCAGGGAGGAUAUCCGCACUCCAAUCUCGAUACUACAUGAGCUGUUCAUGCUGUUGUUGAAGCAUAAGCAAGACCCCAAUACUGCUAUUCAUCUCAACGCUAUUUGGGCUCAUCCUGAGGCGGCUUGCGGGGUGAAGCCGCUCCACGUUCUUCCGCCAUAUCUGGCCCAAGUUCUAAUUCAGCAUGGCGCAGAUCCUUAUGGUUGUGAUGACUACGGCAGAACCCCAUUGGAUUGGGUUCUGAGGUUCCCACAUGGAUGUAUCCGUAGCAAUCGGGUGUAUGACACGCAAUGGCGGUAUAGUUUGUGCAGAGUUCUGGCAAGCGUUGACAGUCGAACUGCGUACUGUAAUCGCCAUGAUUGGAUGAACGCCUUGAAUCAUUUUGAACUUGAAGGGCACGAUACCACCUGUCUUCGUGAGAGCCCUAUGGGAAUGAGCUUCGCUAGGUCCAUACAACCUGCAGCUCCAAUUCCCACCAACAACACGAUGCGAAAACGCAGGCGGAGCGCCGGCAGCGAUCUACCCACGGAAGGAAUUCGAUCAAGCCAACAUUAA